AUGAAAGGAGUCAAAGUCAUCACUGCAACGGUGCCUCCUUCCGCGUCCAUUGAGAUGCGUGCUGAGGAGCUGGUACGGGACAUAGAUGAGGGUGCCCAGGGGAAAGCUGUAAAUAUCAUUGCACCGAAGAAGUUCAAGGUCUUGUCUUUGACAACGAUUGCAACUCCUCAUCGAGGUUCUGCGGUUGCAGAUUAUGUCCUUGAGCGGAUUGGCGACGAACGGCUACCCCAGUUAUAUUAUGCUCUCGGAAAACUCAAGGUUGAAACUGGAGCCUUUUCUCAGUUGACGCGGAAGUACAUGGACGAUACGUUCAAUCCAACGACGCCUGAUGUUGAGGAUGUUCGUUACUUCAGCUACGGCGCAGCGAUGCAACCAAGGUUCUGGUCUGUCUUCCGCUUGUCUCAUCGCGUUCUCGAAGAGGUGGAAGGAUAUAACGAUGGGCUAGUCAGCGUCGCUAGCAGCAAAUGGGGGAAAUACAAAGGCACCCUUGAAGGGGUGAGCCACCUGGACCUGAUCAACUGGACCAACAGGUUGAAGUGGCUUGCGGGUGAGAUGACUGGAAACAGGCAAAGGUUCAACGCCAUUGCGUUCUACCUUGACAUUGCAGACAUGCUUGCUAAGGAGGGCCUUUGA